AUCCCAACCAAAACGAAUUAAGAGAGGAAAAAACAAACAACAUUUUUCCACAUCUCUCUCUGUCUCUCUCCUCUUUCAAGAAAUGGAUCGGCAAAAUUCCGACGACAUCAUGAAAUUUCUCGACGGCAUGGCUAGCUCCGACGAUGUUCUUUUUGGCUUUCUUGACGAAGGAAACCACUCACCGGAGGAUUAUAACUUCGCCGCCGGCGACGAAUCCGAAGUUGACAACGAGAACACCGUUUGUAAUUCAGAAGAAAACAGAAAAUUUUGGCAAGAACAAGAACAACUUCUCCAGGCGACACUGUAUAGGACAAGUUCAAUUGAGACAAAGAUAAGACAAGCAACCAAGGAAGCGUUGAAAGUAGUUAGAUCAAAGGGUUUGGUAUGUGUCUGCCGGAGACCCGUUACCGACGGUUGUCGUAGCUGUCUACGCGGCGAAGUAUCUCGCCGCCUCCGAGAAGCUGGCUAUGAUUGCGCCAUUUCCAAAUCCAAGUGGAGAAGCUCUAAUGAGAUCCCUGCAGGUGAGCAUGAAUAUUUGGAGGUCGUGGACAAAUCGGUUUCAAAGAAAGGCGAGAUCCGGGUGGUGAUCGAACUAUGUUUUAGGGCGGAGUUUGAGAUGGCGAGAGGCAGUGACGAGUACAAGCGACUCAUCGGAAUGUUACCGGAAGUGUACGUCGGGAAAACGGAGAGGCUAAAAUCUUUGAUAAAAAUAUUGUGCACCGCUGCGAAGAAGUGUAUGAAAGACAAGAAGAUGCACAUGGGUCCUUGGAGAAAACACAAGUACAUGCAGGCCAAAUGGCUUGGAACGUCUGAGAGAAAAUCGGUGUCGCAGGUGUCCGAAACUGAGGAGGACAUGUUUCCGGUGGCAAAGCAGAGGGUUUCUAUGUUGAAUAAUGGUCUUUUUGGUGCUGGAAUGGGCCGUCCGACCGCCGUAGCGGUUGUGUGAGACAUAUAUAUAUAUAUAUAUAUAUACUAUAUAGACCUACGAAUACGAUAAGUUUAGGGGGAAAUAAAGUGAAAUGAGUUUC